AUGCAGUGCGCUAGAAGGGAAGGAACUGCUCUUCCUGCGGCCACGGCAAUUGGAUGCGAACAGUGUGGCAGUGUGCCGGCCUUCUCUGGCUCUCGCACGACCACAUUUCACUCGUACAAGGUAUCUCACAAGAUCAAUGAGCCUGCUCAGAGCCAGACUACACAUCUCGAACCCAACCUUACCACUUUAACCUUACGCAAUGUGGCUUGGGAGUCGCUGUUCCGAAACCUGGCCAAAUUCAUAAUCACGAGGUGUAGGUACUGUGAUAGACGCUUUCGACGCGUUAUUGCUUGUCGAAGUACUCAACUACUUAUAAUCUUUUGUGCUCUUCUGGCUAGGUAACUGAGGGAGCAAACAUAUCAGAUGAGAGAUCAAGUCGCUUGUGAUCAUGGGUUAUUAAUAGCUGGGAAAUGCGAUUGGUGACAUAAGUGAAGCUGCUAAAUGAUUCACAUAAAGAAAUCCGAGUUCCCUAUCUUGACCAUUACUUCAACAUAGUAACCUGCCAGCUGUAUCAGAGGGGCCACUCCCUUAACUGCCGCCUUUGUCGGGUUCAAUAGCAAGAUCUACUCCAUGAGGUCUACAACCUCAGACCGUGUGCAUCCCGCGUGUCCGGACCGCCCCAGCCUUAAGCAGCAACUCUUCGCGGUCUUGACAUUCGGUCCGCAGAUCGCUUC